CAAAAAAAAAAAAUAAAUCUAAUUUUUUAUUAUAAGACAACAGAACUAUCUUCAUUCAUUGCCGCUUUAAAUUGUUGAAAGAAAAACUAUAACAUAAAUAAGUGUUUGUAGCGAAUUGAAUAAGUACGAUUCUUAUUUAAUGUAAAGUUUCAAUGGGAUACAUACUAAUUACAUUAGAUAGUUUAUGCUUUCGCUUCCCACUUUAGCUUGAACUUUUUCACAGUACCUUUGCUUUCUUGUCUUGACGACUAAAUGUAUUAAAAGUCUUAAGAAACGGAAUGAAGGCACAGCGUCGAUUAAGAUGAAAGAAAUUGAACAUGCUUGUUUGUUUGAUUGGUAGGCGUAAUCAAUCAUGGCAGUGCAUGUUACUUACAUUUUUCUAAAGUAGGAUUUGUGAAAUUCGGCUGAAGCUGAAUUUAUAGUUUUUUGGUUAACGUGCUCCAUGCGCGUGUUCUCUAUCGUAUCGUAGGUACACAACAGGAACUGUUUUCAGCUGACAUUCUUUUUUUUUUAUUGUAAUGGCACCCUCUUGGAAAUUUAUGCAAUGUUUACAAUUUGCUGCUCGGAAGCAUGCUAACCAAAGACGUAAAGAUACUAAGCAGACGCCUUAUAUUAAUCAUCCAAUAAAUGUGGCUACAAUUUUGAGCACAGAAGCUCACGUUGGUGAUGAAACUGUUCUAAUGGCCGCUCUUUUGCACGACACUGUUGAAGAUACCGACACUACUUUUAAAGAAAUCGAGGACAAGUUUGGUACCGAAAUAUGUGGAAUUGUGCGCGAAGUAACGGAUGAUAAAUCUUUAGCUAAGGAGGAACGUAAAAGAUUGCAAAUAGAAAACGCUGCAAAUUGCAGUCCAAAGGCAAAAUUAGUAAAACUGGCCGAUAAAUUGGACAAUUUAAGAGAUCUGCAAGUAUCUUUGCCUGUAGGAUGGAAUGAGUUAUCGCCAUCGCAAAGAAUGAUCGGCAACGAAUAUGCACAGCGAAACGCGUCAGAUCCUUAUCAGUUCUUUAUCCUGCAAAGUUUGUCUUAAAAAGUUGUCAAAAAACGUCUAUAAGCAUACGUUUCGCAAGUCGUUUAUGAAUAUCUAAAAUGUUUGCCUUAAUCCGAAGAUUGUGUCCAGUUUUUGUUAUAUUAUAACCAUCUGUUGCAGGUGGUAUUUAUGCAAAAUUCGUUUCAAAGCG